CUUGGAAAUUUUGCAACUGAAGUAAAGUGAAGAACUUUUCUACAGCUGGUUUAAGCCGAAAGCAGCACGGUAAAGGUUUUUUUUUGCAAUAUAGACAUGAAUUUGAUGAGAGCUUCUUUUUGGACCUUCUGAACAAUGGUGAUUUAGUGAUUAAGGAAGACCUGUGAAUUCUGCACCAAAUGGAGUUCAGCGAUUCUGCGAUGUCCCCAGUCCCUACAAGAAACCCUGCUGUUUGUGUAGUAGGGUGUCCAUCUCCUGGGGAGCUUGACUCUGCUCCUGCCACAAAUGAAAAAUUAAACGAGCUGGUUUUACAAAGGGAUAAUAAACAGGACACUCAGAAGUCAGACAAAUGCCUGUUUGAUACUGUAAUUGACCACAACAUUGUUUCAACAAGCACAACUGAGUCUUUUGAAUCCAGAAGUCAACCGUGCUAUGAAAUUACAUUUACAGUCACAAUUGCGUUGGCUAUACCCAAAGGGAAUGAUGAAAGUGUAAUUGCUGAUGGAGAAAAGACUAGUAAAAAAAUCCCGAAGCAGUAUUCCUCCAGCGCAAUGGGGGAAAAAACUCCGGAAGCUCAGAGAUACUAUCAUAUCGAAUAUAAUUUAUUUCCUAACGAUCCAGAGCCGAGGAGAGUUGACCUGGUAAUGUUUGGGUUUGCUGCAAACAUUUACUUGGAAAAUGAAACUAAGGUGUUAAAGCCUUGGAAUGAGGGGGACCGGAUGUGGCUAGCCUGGACUCAGUCUGUAAAACUCAGAGUCACGAGGGACGUGGUGAUUAAACUGACCUCUCACAGAGUCACCUUCCGUGUGUGGGACACCAAGGACAUGGUGUCUUCUAAGGCCAAGUGUGACAGACCAAGUGUCUUUAAACUGCUGCAAGGACUUUGCAGGGAGGAUCCCGAACACACUGAUGCUAUCAAGAACAUUGUGAAGAAGCUGAGAAAUGUUUUCAAAAAGGAGAAUCCUAAGUCUGCUGUGAAAACAGACAAAAACUCCUCCUACCUUAGGAAAACCUCCAUGAUAGAUGUUAUGUCCAGAGAGAAGAGAGAUUCCAAUUCUGACCCCAAGGGAGAAUGUGUUACUCGCAACAGGAGUCAGGAAGUCCCCGUGAAUGGCCUAAGGAGCCCAAAGCUGGAGCUGGAGUGGGAAAAGGAUCCUGGUGGAUUGCAGACUACACAAUCAAACUCUCAGAACGCCCGGAAACAGCUCAGCAGGUUCACUAUCAACUCUUUGAAGGUUACCUGUGCGACAGAUGAAUCCCUGGUUGGGAAUAAGAGGAAACAGCCAUGCAGAGCUGGCCAGAAGAUCACGGCCUUGGCUGGACAGCGGAGGAGUAGAACCGCUGCUGUGGAACUUAAUCCAGUUUAUCUGCUUGCAGGGAGGAAGCAAGUAAUUGGCUGCUUGGCGACCUGCUUGCCUGGAAUCGAUGAAGGUUUCUGCGACAUUUCUGUAGAUAAACCACUGCUGUCAAAUGAACUCAGCAUGGAGCUGAACCCACUGGUCAUCACGGUCCAAUCUGCCAAGUCCCUGCCGGCCUUGCCUCUCACUUUUAAGGAAAAAUGUUUACCAGUGUAUUGUAAGUAUAAAUUCCACAACUUGAGUGAGCACAGGACCAAAGGGCAAGAUCAUGGCAUGAACAUGCACUUCCAGGACGCACACAUGAUUCUAACUGGCCUCCUGAACCCAAGCGAGCUGUGGGAAUACCUCCAGGGGCCUCCACUGAAGAUUGAGGUCCACGACAGGGACAGAAAGCCGGUAAAGCCGACUAGUGCCCCUGCCAUGUUUGGCACAGAGUCAGAUGAUGCCAGGCUGAGCAAAGUGGGCUUACGGAGCAGCGGGCACCCAACCUGCAAUGCUCGAUGUGACCCGUAUGGUGUGGUGAGGGUAGACCUGUCCGAACUGCUGCGUGGCCAGAAGCGAUUCAAGGUCAUGGCUCCGAUCGAGAGCUCACCUGCGGCAAACCUUUCAGAACAUAAAGUGAGUAAAUAUCAAAAGCCAACACCCAGUCAUUCACGGAUGGUGUAUGCAGCGGAAACACCGAUAGGCCAUUACUUAGCUGCCGGAUCUCAGCUGAAAGUGAAAGUUGAAAUCGCACAUCCUCUGACCAAGAUGAAGGACCAGCCUUCCCCGGAUUGUCCAUUUGGCCGCAUCAUUUACUUCUUCAGGUGCCGCAGUGGUGUUGCUCCAAAAAGGCUGCGCACGGAGAUCCUGAGAAUCAAUGCUUCUGCUGCGCUUCUGGACUCAUACACCGAAGAAACAAUCAAGAGAUCCCUGUCCUUCUCUAAAAUGAAUGCAAGCGAUAGAAACGUGGACAUUAUCACGGGAUUCUACUUUCAUGAUCAUGAAACACACUUGUUUGUUCUUGAAGGACUGAGGAAUAAAGCCAUCCGAAGACUCUGGGAGACUAUUCCAGUAAAAUUGUCAGGGACAGAGGAGGAACAGGUGGAGAUUCUCUACAACUCAGACCUGAGCUUCUCAAACAGGCUGUAUGAGACACUGGAUGUAAGCCUACCUCCCAUUCACCUCUACGAGUCCCUGGAGACCAUCAUGAGACAGCCGCUGCUAUAUGUGAGAAAGAUGGUUCCUCUGGCUUGUUUCCAGGCACUCUCACGACUAAGCCAUCUGCUACACAUGAAGAGGAUGAAAGACGUGGUCCACAAUGAACUGUUUCCCUCAGCCGAGAUGAUCCUUAGCAUGAGCAGGAGAUUUGGAACAGUUUCUGGGACGGGGGAGGAGCAGGUGAAGGUGAAGCACCAGACUGAGCCACGAGAAUUGGUGCAAGCGACCGUAGUGAAGACAUGCAAGGCAAGGGAUGCCUACAAGCCUGAGUACCUGGAGGGGAAGCCCCAGCUCAUCAGCCAGCAGCAUGGCAUGGAGACAAAGGACUUCUUUCAGGCCAACAUUGAAGCGGCGUCUCAAGCCAACCCAAGGUUACAGACACCAAAGCCUGCUGUGACAGUAGCACAUCUGGCAGUGGGUAAGGUCGCCCACAACUACAGCAUUCAGAAGGAAAAUUCCACCAUACAGGCCUGGAAAUUAUUGCAUGAAGAAAUGGCGAAGGAACCUAGACGGAGGUUUACAUACAGCCAGGAGUACCAGUCUGCCACAGCGGUUCCCGUGGAUGUCGACGAAGUACGGAGGUUGUCUGAGCUGAGGUCAAAAGCUGCUUGGCGGACUUAUGAUGGCUUCAUCUGCCUUGGAUUCAGGAGCAGCAUGGAGUGCAAUAAGCACCCUCAGCAUCCCGAUGAGGCCCGGAUGGAGGAACUGAACAAGCCUUGGAGAGAGAACAUACUAAAUGAUAACAUCUUGAAGUCCAUGGUGAUGAGAACCCAAUGGCCCUGGUCAAAGCGUCACCAGGACUUUGAACUAUAUAGAAAACCCUCCAGCUUCCCCGUUCCUGUGGUUCCCAUGACCAGUCACCCGGCUGCCACCAAAAGGGAAACCCGGACACAGGAACUGGUUGAUGUUGCAAAAGUGCAGUACUAUUGGUGGCCAUGGAAGGGGCUAAACACGACAUCCUCAAAACUAGAGUACAUUCCUAAGUUCAAGGUGAUGCACAUGCAACCAGAGGCACUGGUCCUAGGAGACACAGAGGAAGAGGCUUGCACCACUGGGCCUUUGGACCAGCAUGACCAAAGCUGGGAAGGUGUCAGCUUCCCCCGGAACAAGUCAGAGCCAAAGAAAUUACAUUUUAUGUGAACCACUUUUUCUCCUGCUCAAGUGUAAAACAUCAAAUGGAAAAAAUUGCUUACAAGAAUGAUCUCAGAUAUACUAAGUAUUUCAAAUAAAUCAGUGAAGCCUAUUGUUCAUCCCUGGGUGAUGAUUGGAGCCAUUGCCCCUAAACCUCCUUCCAGUGGUGUUUCAGCACAGACAGGACUCUCUACCAAUAAGACAAGAAUU